CUCCCUCAAGGUUCUGCAAUGGAAGAAGGUACUAGUUCUGAUGGAAAUGAACGCAUAGUGUUUGUGAAAAGGCCAGGUGAAAACUCGCCUCCAUCUGUGGAUUGCUUUCACUGUGAAAGUUGCCACGACCCCACCGCUUCUGAUUUAGGACCUGGACAGUGUCUUGUUCGUACGCUAUAUCUUUCCGUUGAUCCAGCACAGAGAUGUCGUAUGAACCCGUGUACUGGAGUGGAUUACCUGGCUCCUUACGAGCCGGGCGAGUUGGUGGAUGGUCUGGAAGGAGUCGGAGUUGUUGAGGUUAACAGCGUCCUUGUGUCUGGUGAUAUUGUCACAUCUUGUGCUCACUUAUGGCCAUGGACGAAAAGGUUUAUUGCGGAUUGCAGUGAUCUUGUUAAGGUACAUCUUCCUGAUGGAUUCUCUCCUUCUAUUAUUUUAUCUUGUGUGGGUAUAUCUGGCAUGACUGCUCUUCUGGGUAUUAGGAAAAAGGCAGCGAUCGACAGAUCUCGACCCCAAACGAUAGUGGUAUCUGGCGCUGCAGGUAGUUGUGGUAGUCUGGCAGGGCAGAUAGCUCGACUCGAGGGUUGUACCCGAGUUAUUGGAAUCUGUGGUACCGAAGAAAAGUGCAAAGUUUUAGUGUCCGAGUUCGGAUUCGAUGGAGCUAUUAACUAUCGAGCAGAAGCAAUACCGGAUGCUCUUUCCUCUUUAGCUCCUGACGGCGUCGACAUUUACUUUGAUAAUGUCGGAGGGUUCAUCAGCGAUGCAGUGAUUCAGCAUAUGAACAUUGGGGGUCGCAUAGUCUUAUGUGGUCAAAUUGCCGUUUAUAAUACCGAUUUGCCUUACCCUCCACCUAUCCCUGCGCAAAUUGCUGAACUAAUCCGUUUGAAGAAUAUUCAAAGGGAACGAUUUCUAGUGUUGUCCUAUAAGGAUGAAAUGGAUGCGGCAGUGGCGCAGUUGUCUCAUUGGCUACAAGAGCAUAAACUCAAGGUUAGGGAGACAAUUUACGAAGGGCUUUGUAAAGCUCCACAAGCUUUUGUGGACAUGAUGGCAGGGAAAAACAUCGGUAAAAUGAUCGUCAAAAUAUGA